AUGGAAGAAAGAAACAAUGAAGAACUUGUUCUUGAAGAUGAUGAUGAUGUGAUGCUUCCGGGGUUUAGAUUCCAUCCAACGGAUGAAGAGCUUGUUGGGUUCUACUUGAAAAUGAAGAUCCAGCAGCGGCCGCUUUGCAUUGAGCUCAUUAGGCAGCUUGAUAUCUAUAAAUAUGAUCCGUGGGAUCUUCCGAAGCUGGCGGCGAGUGGAGAGAAGGAGUGGUAUUUUUAUUGUCAAAGAGACAGGAAGUAUAGGAACAGUGCGCGGCCUAAUCGUGUCACCGGAGCUGGGUUUUGGAAAGCUACUGGCACUGAUCGUCCUGUUUAUUCUUCCAAAUCCAUUAUUGGGUUGAAGAAAUCUCUUGUUUUUUAUAAAGGGAGAGCUUGUAAAGCAUUCAAAACUGAUUGGAUGAUGCAUGAGUUUCGCGAUCCGUCUAACGUUAUGGAUUCGUGGGCGAUAUGUCGGAUUUUUAAGAAGACGAAUGUUUCUCGAAGAGGUGUUUCGUCUACAUCGAAACAUGAGAUAACUUACGAACUCAACGUGAAUGGAAACGGGUCGGUUUUGUGUUCGAAAACCGCGGAAGAUGUUGUUUGCAAUGUCUCGAAUGAUUAUUUGGAGGGAAAGCUCCCUCAGCUUUCCAUUCCAAAUGAACCCAUUGGCGGUCCUUCCAGCUUCACAGCUCAGCCAAUGGGAGUCGCCGACAUUGAUGUUUCCUCUCUACUGUUGAAUAUGUCGGCUUCCCUUGUCGGCGACUUUGGUUGUCGGGCGCCUGAAACAUCUGAGCCGUUUUCGUGGUUUCAGUCUGUUGGCCAGCCCGACGGCUUGGCUGAGCAGCCAAUGUACGGCCAAGACAAUGCGUUGUUGUUUGAGGACUCGAAGCCGUGGGAAUCGCCGCCGCCGCCGCCGUCGAUUGGACAUGCUUUGAGUUGCAUUUGGGACAAGCUGUUGAAUUGA